AUGAUUUCUGCAAAACUUAUGUGGUACAUUUUGCAAAAUUACCAUUUCCUUUAUAUCUGCGCAUGCGCCCAGGUUCAGCCUUUCUUCUUUGGUAGCCAUAAUUCUACAGCAAUGGCUAAGGUAAAGGCUCAUGAACUGCGCGGAAAGCGCAAGGAGGAGCUCCAGUCUCAGCUCACCGAGCUGAAGACUGAGCUCUCUCAGCUGAGAGUGGCUAAGGUCACUGCCGGAGCCGCAUCUAAGAUGGCCAAGAUCAAGCUUGUCCGCCAUUCUAUUGCCCGCGUACUGACAGUCAUGACCCAAACCCAGCGCGAGAACUUGCAAAAGUUCUACCGCAAGAAGAAGCAUGUGCCUGUCGAUCUCCGUCCCAAGAAGACCCGUGCAAUCCGCCGUAGACUCACCAAGCACGAAGACUCUCGCCGCACUCUACGACAGAUCAAGAGGGACACACACUUCUCGCUGAGGAAGUAUGCCAUCAAAGAGUAAAAAAUAAAAGGCUUUGCUCUGCCAA